GCGAAGAGCCGUGACGUAAUCAUCAACAACAACAAACGCCCGCUUAUACUGUCUGUGCUUUUCCGGUUAUGUGGUACUCUCGUGAUAUAGCUAGCUAGGUAGUCAUUACUUAUGCUUCUUUGUACCUAAAAUUAGAAGUAUUUCAUGCAGAUACAUACUUUUUUCAGCGUGCUAGUUUUGGACUAACGUUAGUCAGAUCUCCAAAUAUCCGGAAUUUUACCACCAAUCAUGCAAACAGUUAUGUUUAGCUUAUCAAUGCAACGUUUGCUAGCUAGCUAAACUAAAGAAGAAAUGGUACCACACUACUAGCUAGCUAGCUAGUUAGCUAGCUAGCUAAGCUUAGCUACGUACAUUUGGUCGACGUGCAUAUAACUACAACAAUUUAGUUAUAUCUGGCCAUCACCUACUGCCCUGUCUCCAAGGAAAUAAAAGACUAAGCAACAAAGUGAUGGUUAUGGAGAAUGAUGGAUAACCUGACAUCAAAUAAGAGCCACAAACCCUGUCAGUCAUGGGCGGGCCAGAAUGGCUGGUCUACUGCUUCAACUCAAGGACCCCACCUCAACCCACUGCCCGGCUCUCAGCAUCUCAGCCUGGGCUCGUCCUCUAACCAGAGACUCUCCUAUGACCACCUGCAGGCGUCCAAUCAGAGCUGUAUGAGCGACCUCAGCACCGUAUCGUCCAGAAACGACACUCAUCACUCUGCUAUGUACAAAGACUCUCAGAUUUGCAACAAUCCAUCAUCCACCGCACAGUUUGCCAUCCCGAGUGCCUCUCACAUUAUUUCCUUCGCCCAGCAAAGUCCUCACACGUUAUCAAUGCUGCUGAAUGCAAACCAAGAAAAACAUAUACCCCCACCAUCUCUUCACCAAACAAACCAAGCUCCACAGCCUUGUAGCUCCCAAAAUCUACAACUUCCCUUGCCACACAACCCUUACAAAGUGUCAUUUCAACGUCCAUUAACCGAUCAGGGUUUACCAAACAGAUUGCAAAAUCUGCCCAUUAGCCUGCCAUCAUGUGGACAACUUGUAAAUGCAUCUCAAGCUACUUUUGAAGGAGCGUAUGUGGAGUUUGCUCGUGUUGCUGGAUGCACUCCCAACCAUGCCUCAUCCCCCCCUCAGGAGCAGCGUCAGUGGAUACCUUCAUCACACUGCAGCGGAGCUGUGAAUAAGUCUGUCCCUGAUGCAGCUUCUCAUCCUGACAAGGAGCCACUGAAAGAGGGGAACAUUAGUCCACCGGCCUGCAAUGAGAGACGUUUGGUGCUUUUACAUCAGCGUUCACAACUACUUCAACAAUUGGCAGAGUUGGAUACACUUCUGGAAUCAAUACCUCCAGAGGACAGCCGUAAAGGGCAGUCUCCAUACACAGCUACUCAGUCUCAAUCAGUGGAUCAUUCAUCUCAAUGUGAAGAAACUGCGACAAGUGAUGCACAGCAGGUUCAGCAGUCUGCAGCAAAGUCAAAGUCACAGUCGCAUCCCUCAUCACCUGCCUCCUAUGAUGAACAAAGUGAGACCUGUGAUACACCAGACGAUCCUAUGUCAGCAGCAGAAUCAGAGAAAAUAGAAAAUGCCUCAGUCAAGUCAGAGGAUGACAGUGAUCCCGAUUACUUGCCCAACAGAGAUGGUGACCUCUCUGAUUUCCCUGACGGGGGCUCUUCAGAUGAAUCCAGUCACAGCAGACCCUUGACUCCUACGGAUGAAAAACUUCCUCUGCCAGGGAAAACAAGGGCUAAAUCAGAUUGUUCUUCGUUUAAGGACAAAGGAGUCAUUCCUCUAAAACGGAUACGUGCAACUAACUGGAAGAAGUCUUCCGAAACUGUAGUGUUGCCCACUUCAGGUUCUAAAGCACACCGUGUUUAUGACAGGAGGAACUAUUGUUUGUUUUGCUCUAAGCCAAUAUCUAAAAUGUCGCGGCAUCUUGAGAGUAUCCACAGUGACAAAGCAGAGGUUGCAGCUGCAUUCCAGUAUCCCAAACUUUCCAGAGAAAGACAAAAGAUAUGGAACAGGCUAAUAAAUCAAGGAAACUUUGCUCAUAAUAAAGAUGUCUUGAAAACAGGGAAGGGCCAACUUGCUGUCAGGAAAAGGCCGAGUAAAACUCAAAAAGCCAGAGACUUUGUUCAUUGUCUUUAUUGUCAAGGUCUUUUUCUAAAGACAGCUUUGCACAGACACAUGAAGCUGUGCCCAGAGAGAGAUGAGAAUGAAAGUGAAUCAGUGAUCAGAAGAAAGAGUAUGACAUUUCACAGUGUGCUUGAAACUUCAGGAGACCUUGGCAUAAGUGAUGGUUUUAAGGAGGUUCUGUCAAAAAUGGCAUACGAUGAUGUGACACAAGCUAUCAUGGAGGACGAGGUUAUUUUGCAGUUUGGCGAGCUCCUGUUUAACAAGCACGGCUCUGAUCUGAAGAAGCACGAUUAUAUAAGGCAAAAUCUUCGGCAGGUAGCAAGACUUGUACUCGAAGCUCGAAAAAUAACCCCUCUGGAGAAACUACAAGACUUCUUUCUCCCGUCAAGCUUCCCACACGUGGUGUCUGCAGUGAAUGUCUUGGCAGGCUACAAUCCAGAAAAGAAAACGCACAGCAUUCCUUCACUUGCCAUCAAGCUUGGCUACGCCCUACAGAAGAUCUGCAGUAUUGUUGAGGGUAACGCAUUGCAGUGUGGUGAUGCAAGCCUGGCAGAGUCUGCCCAAAACUUCCUCUCUGUGUACCAGAAAGAAUGGAACAAGCUAAUUUCUGCAGGCGCAUUAAAAACACUGAGGGAAACAAAAUUGAAAACUGUGAAGAAGGUGCCAUUUGCUCAAGAUGUAAAGCUACUGAAUUUCCACAUGGAGAAUGUUCAUCCUCUUGCUGAAAAAAAAACCUCAGAGACAGCCAUUCUGCAGAAAACUAUGCUGCUCUGGCCAGGGUAAUACUCACUCGGACGAUACUUUUUAACAGGAGAAAACCCGGAGAGGUAUCGUUGGUGCAACUAAAGGCUUUUAUGUCCCUGAAAAAGUCAAACUCGCAUGAUAACAUGGACCUAUCCGCCUCAGAUUUGGAAAAAAACAUGUGCGGGUUCUUCGCUAGAGUUGACAUACGAGGGCCAUGUGGGCGAAUGGUCCCCGUUUUACUAAAACCGUCAUUCGUGUCCGCGUUAGAGCUUCUCGUACAGCUCCGCGAGGCAUGUGGAGUCCCCAGUAAGAAUCCCUUCCUGUUUGGCCGACCACAUUCACUGUCUGCCUACAAUGGGGCAGCUUGCAUACGAACAUACAUCAAAGCAUGUGGAGCCAAAGACCCUGAAGCCCUGACAGUCGCAAAGAUGCAGAAGCAUUACACAACAAUGCUACAGCUGAUUAACCUGGAUGAAAAAGAGGCCAACCAAAUUUUAGGCCCUAAUAAUCAAGUCCGAAGCCUCCGACAGGACAGCAGCAUGCAGCUGGAUGAUGUUGAAAUGGACUCUGAUGAUCUUCGUCAUGAACAAACACAUGGAGCAACAACACGCGCCAACAUGACUGUGCCACUAAAAUCUGUCAACUCGGGCAAAAAAGGCUCCCAAAAUAAUGGAAAACAAAAAUGGGAGGAAGCAGAGAUUCUUGCUGUCGAAAGACACAUGAUGGCAUUAAUUGAAGGACACAAGGUGCCUCAGAAGAGCGACUGCAUUCAGUGUCUUGAGGCUGAGCCAGAAGCACUGAGGAGCCGUUCAUGGAAAGGUGUAAAGGACUACGUCAGGAACAGGAUCACUGCCCUAAAAAGGCAAAGCGGAACUUCCAAAGCAACCUCCACAAACGGUUAACGGGCCUGGGCAAGUGGAACCACAGCACAAGUCUGGACAUGUAAAUGGAAUGUUUUUUCAAAUGGCAGAAUCUAUUUUGUGUAACGCUUCCCUCUUCUGUUUUCUUAUUCUUCACCAUUCUCUGUUAUUCUUUGUCUUUCAGUCAGUUUUUUUUUUUACGGGAUUGUUCCGGUGCCGCCGCAGGUUCCGUGUUUUCAGGCGGAUGCCCCUCACCUUCUGCUCUCUUUGUGUUUGCAUUCUAAACUCUCAUUCUCAUCACACACACGACAGCUAUUUUAAUUCCAGAGGUCGCUUUCCUACGUGCACACGUUCCACCAAAACAAGU